ACCAAGCAACAACACACAUUUGAAUUCCUACAAUUUCCAACAACACUUAGUAAAAACCAAAAAUGAGGAAUAUGAUGCAGCAGUCUCUCAUUUCCACCUCAUUCCUUCUUUUUGCAAUUACUUUUUACACCUCCACCACUUUAGCCCAACUCUCACCAAUUCAAUCCCCAACAACAUCAUCUCCAUCACCACCCUUACCAUCAACAACAGCAUCAACACCAUUACCAGCAACAACAGCAACAGCGCCAUCACCAGGAUUAAGCACAGUUCCACUUGUUCCAACAACACCAGCUGGUGCACCAUCACCCACCAUAACAGUCCCAAAAGGACCCACCAUUGACAUAAUCAACAUUCUUCAAAAAGCCAAAAGGUUCUCCGUUCUAAUCCGUCUUCUCAAAACAACACAAUUAAUCAAUCAACUCAACUCGCAGCUGGUAUCAUCGCCAUCAGGUUCCGGUGGGUUAACCAUUUUUGCACCAGAAGAUUCUGCAUUCUCCAAACUCAAAGCAGGGUUCCUCAACUCCCUCACUGAUAGACAAAAAGUCGAACUCUUACAGUUUCACUCCCUUGCUUCAUUCGUUUCUAUUUCAAACUUCGAUACCUUAACCAACCCUGUUCAAACACAAGCCGGUGAUGAUGCUAGGCUUCAACUGAACGUCACUACUUAUGGUGGCAGUCAAGUUAGUAUGGCUACCGGAGCAGUCAAUGCUACCGUUACCGGUACUGUUUAUACCGACAGCAAACUUGCUAUUUAUCAGGUUGAUAAGGUACUUAUGCCUCUUGAUCUUGUUCUUCCGGCUAAGGCUCCAGCUCUGGCUCCUGCACCAGCUAAGGGUUUGUUGCCUAAGGCUGGAAAAACGAAUUCUUCAGUUGCAGAUGAUGGUAGUGGUGCUGGUAGUGAUGAUGGUGAUGGCAAGGAUUUACCUGCUGAUAUUUCUGCUGCAGGGUCUGUGAUGUGGGUGAAUGCUGUUGUUGUUUUUGGAAUGGGUUUGGUUGGUGGAGUUGUUCUAUAAGGUUUAUUUGAUGGAAGGAUUCAGUGAUUUUUUGUUGUUCUGUGUGAUUGAUUCUGUAUUUUAUGUUGGCUUACUGUUCUGCAUCUUUGCUCUUUUAUUCUGUUAACUUGUAAUUUGUGUUUCGUUCAUGGAUUAUGAGAAUUCAAUUAUACAUGAGGGGCUUUUGAUCAUUAAUUAA